AUGGCCUUUGCGCUGGGCCUGUAUCAUUCGAUUCUUGAACACUUCUGUGCUAUUGUUAUUCUAUCAACUACGGGUUUUGUGGUAUGGUACUGGGUUGAAGUCAUUUUGAUUACCUUCCGGAUGCUCUUUUACUGGAUUUACGAAUUAAAGGUAGUUAUCAAACAUGAGGACCUCGGGAGGCAUGGGGCACUAUUUAUUGCCAUGAUUCUACGGUUCUAUGACAAAUUGGAGGGGCUCGGAGUUCCAGGUGUGUAUAGGAAAUUCUUGGACGCUGUUCGUGUUUCGUACGAGGCACUGAAUUUCCUGCUUUAUGUAUUUGGCUUUCGUAUUGGUGGAGGACCACUAUUUGAAUGCUUACCAGAAGAAAUGAAGGCUGCAAGAAGAGCCUGCAAAACACCGGCUGAAGUUGACAGCUUCUUUGCGGUUUUUGCUGGAACACAGUAUGAAGAGAGUGAGAAUAAAGAGGAUGAUCACGAUCAAAACGAUGAGGAAGAAGCCUGUUUUCCUCCGUCGGUAUUUGAAUGCCAGCCUAAUCCUGUCAUCUUUCAUCAUCUACGAGACGAACAUCUCCCAUUAUUCAAUCCUGGCCCCUCCGAAGUUGAAAGUCGAAAGGUGAUUCCGUCUACACCGGAUAUGGCUGUCGAUUUCGACUGCAAAGACACCACUGAGAACGAUGAGCAGUCUCCUAAUGCAUCCAGACACACCGGUCCAGCAACGAUGUCCGUCAACCUGUCUUAUGCAUGCUCGCAAUGCAAUUAUGUAGCCAAGAAGAAGUUUGAACUCAAGUAUGCGAGAAUCCCCUUUCCCAUGUCUGCUUUCACUAAGCGAUGGUAG